AUGGAUCGUAGGUCCCGGGCUCAGCAGUGGCGCCGAGCUCGCCACAAUUACAACGAUCUGUGCCCACCCAUAGGCCGCCGGGCAGCCACCGCGCUCCUCUGGCUCUCCUGCUCCAUCGCGCUCCUCCGCGCCCUGGCCACCUCCAACGCCCGCGCCCAGCAGCGCGCGGCUGCCCAGCAGCGCCGGAGCUUCCUUAACGCCCACCACCGCUCCGGCGCCCAGGCGUUCCCCGAGCCCCCCGAAUCUGACCAGGAGCACGAGGAGGCAGACCUCGAGCUAUCCCUCCCCGAGUGCCUAGAGUACGAGGAAGAGUUCGACUACGAAUCUGAGACCGAGACCGAGUCUGAAAUCGAGUCCGAGACCGACUUCGAGACCGAGCCCGAAACCGCCCCUGCCACUGAGCCCGAGACCGAGCCCGAGGACGAGCGCGGUCCUGUGGUGCCCAAGCGCCCCACUUUCGGCGAAAGGGGCUCUCUCACCCAGCGCCUGCAGGCUCUGAGGCUGCGGAGCCCCGACGCCUCCCCAAGUCGUGCGCAGCCCAGCACUCAGGAGCCCCAGAGCCCCAGAGAGGGGGAGGAGCCCGAGCCCGAGGACAAGGAUCCGAGGGACCCCGAAGAGUCCGAGGAGCCAAAGGAGAAGGAGAAGAAGGAGAAGCAGCAGCAGCGCCGCUGCAAGCCGAAGAAGCCCACCCGCCGCGACCCAUCCCCGGAGUCUCCUUCCAAAAGGGGACCCAUCCCCAUCCGGCGUCACUAA